GCGGGCAUCGGGUCACCAGGUAUGACAGCGGGCACUGGGUCACCAGGCAUCAGGUCAUUUGGCUUGCCAGCGGGCACCGCGUCAUCUGGCAAGGCAGUGGGCACCGGGUCACCAGGCAUUGGAUCGUCUGGCUCGACAGCGGGCCAUCGGGUCACCAGGUAUGACAGCGGGCACUGGGUCACCAGGCAUCAGGUCAUUUGGCUUGCCAGCGGGCACCGCGUCAUCUGGCAAGGCAGUGGGCACGGGUCACCAGGCAUUGGAUCGUCUGGCUCGACAGCGGGCAUCGGGUCCACCAGGCAUCAGGUCAUUUGGCUCGCCAGUGGGCACCGCGUCAUCUGGCAAGGCAGUGGGCACCGAGUCACCAGGUACGACAGCGGGCUCUGAGUCAAUUGGCACGACAGCGAGCACCGGAUCAGGUACCCCGGAUCAUCUGGAUCAACAGUGGGCAUCGAGUCAACUGGC